CUGCGCAUAACGUGUCUUCCCUUCAUUUGUCGCGGCGCGAAAUAUCACUGAUAUGUAGCGAAACAUUGAAUAAUACACCAGUUCUGUGUGUGUUGUCUCAUUGACAGGAAACCGGGUAGUCAUGGCGGUGCAAUUCAUCUCAUCGGUGUUCCUGUUUGCCCUCUUCUCUCAUGUUUACGGUGACGGAGCCAUCAAGGGGUUGGACCAAAGUGAUGAUGGUUCUUCCGGAACACUUAGUUUCAAAACACCCGAGUUGGACGAUGAAGAUGCUUACAGCUUUCACAUGCCCUCAUCUCUCAAGUGUGACGGAUGCAGGGUGAUUGCACAUUUGAUGUAUUCCAAGUUUGACAAGAUUCAUAAGAAUCGACCGUCUGUGAAAACUUUACCAGAACAUGAGAUUCUCGACAUCUUUGAAGUAGUUUGUACGGAUAAGUUUGAAAGCUGUGGGGUGAAGGACAUCAAGGGAGUUAAGCGGUUGUCAGGCCCCGGGCUGGAGACAGCGGAUGUCCCCGGGGUGAUGCAGGGGGGCGGCAAAUGGCCUGGCAGGCUGCAGCAGAUGUGCCAGAACUACGUCGGGGAACUGGGGGAGGAGGAGAUCUACCACGCCUACAAGGAGCAAGGCAAGCUCCUCGAGAAGUUCCUGUGUUACGGCGAUGGCGUACAGGGGGACUGUAGCUCGCUUAACAAGACCAAGAAGAAGAAAGGGAAGAAGUCUAAGGAAGAGUUGUGAAGUGUGAUUCAAGAAUAUGUGUGACAUUAAGGGGCGAUUGUCAUAUUUGUGUGACAUCAAGGAAAUGAUUGUCUUGUUUGUGAGUGACAUCGAGGGGUGAUUGUUAUGUUUGUGUGCGACAUCACAGGAUGAUCAUCAUGUUUGUGUUUGUCACCAAGGGAUGAUUGUCAUGUUUGGUAAAUAUAUGUUUGUUGAGAGGGUGAAUGUUGUUGAGGUUGACAUACUUGUAGUGGGGAGAAUCCAUGAUCGUGUGACAUGUUGAUGUUGACAUAUGUGUAGUGGUGAGUAUCAGUGAUCGUGUGACAUGUUUAUGUUGACAUACGUGUAGUGGAGAGUAUCAGUGAUCGUGUGACAUGUUUAUGUUGACAUACGUGUAGUGGAGAGUAGCAGUGAUUGUGUGACAUGUUUAUGUUGACAUACGUGUAGUGGGGAGUAUCAGUGAUCGUGUGACAUGUUUAUGUUGACAUACAAGGUCGUGAUGGUUGGUGUUUUUGUGUACUCGUACAUGUACAUGUAUGUACGUUGAGAAUUUAUUACUGAGUUGAUUGUUGAAUGAAGAUUCUGUGUAGUCCCUGGCUUUUUAAAUGGUAACAACAAAUAACGAUGGUGGUAUGAUGUCUCGGGUCCUGUCUCUGUAUCGGGGGAGGAGUUAAGGACAUAAGCUGAUACUCGGAUUCCAGAGUGUCCUCUGCAAGGCAUCAACUUCAAGUCAAGUCAGAUUCCUGCUAGGGAUCUCGACAUGUUGAACAUACUGCUAUGCAGUGAAACUUGCAGACUAUGGUACUGUGACUGAUGUGCAAUAAAGAUUCUAGCCAGUUUUACACUAAAGAUCCCCAUCAUAUUUUCCCAGAAGACUUUGAUUUGUUCAUCUUGACAUUAAAUGAGCACACUACAGUUUUACAGUGAACAAACAAUAGAAAAGGACAGAAUUUUACUGGUUAUGCAGUACUGUGAAAGCUAUUGAAGAUGUUCCACAAAGUGUCCAAUGAAAAGAUAAUGUUAUUCUGAUAAUUGAUCUUGUCCAUUAAGUCAAAAGUGUGGUAUUGAAAGAAAAGGAAUUGUUUAAAUAGCUGGGGAAAAAACAGUACCUCUUUGACAAUGUAUUGGAUGUAACUGGGCCCACCGUGGGGAAUGUUUUCAAGUAGGCAGUGAUAAAAUGAAAAAACCCUGAUACUGUAUUAAAUAAGCAUUGACAAAAACAUUUAUGUAAUGUUAUAACUAAGAUUAAUGAUGAAAUGGUUAGUUUUGCUGACAAUAUUGUGUCAUGCUCAACAUGUGCAGUGGGGUAGUCUACUGGUUAAAGCUUUGUCCUGUUACCCGAAUCCCUGGCUUCAAUUCUCCAUAUGAGUACAGUGUGAGUCCCAUUUCUGGUGUCCCCCUGCAGUGAUAUGGUGGGGAUAAUGCUGAAAGGGAUGCAAGACCCUACUCGCUCAUACCUUCAAGGGGCGGUCGGGUAGCCUAGUGGUUAAAGAGUUCACUCGUCACGCCGAAGACCAGGUUUCGAUUCCCGACAUGGGUACAAUGAGUGAAGCCCAUUUGUCGUGUCCCCCACCGUGAUAUUGCUGGAAUGUUGCUUAAAGCGUCGUAAAACCUCACUCACUCAUACCUACUGUAAUUAAUCAAAGGCUAAUAUGAAUAUAUGCAGAUAUCCAAGUAUGUGGGAACACCAAGCUGUUGAAGGGUACCAGUAUCUAUAUUUGGCAUAGUUAGGGACCGAUCAUUGGUUAUAGCUGCUAGUGGGUCAGAGGGAAUCAUGGGAGCAUCGCCAAAAAUAUGACUUGUCUCUUGCGGAGAGUUAGAAAAAAAAAUACACCCAUUUGGGGAGGGUCAAGACAAAAAUGUACAAGGAUGUGGGGAGGGUCAUAUGUAAUUAUUUUCAGUACAUAAGUGCAUCAAAAGCCUCUUACCACCCCUAUGUAAUAAAUGACCGGUCCCUUAGGGUCCAACAAAGCCUGUGUACACAGUGCUGUGGUGCAAGUCUGACAUGAGUUUAAUGCAACAAUAUCUUCAUUCAUUACUCUGUACACAGCGAUAUGUGCAAAUAAAGUGAGAAUGCUACUUGGUGAAGAAUAUUUUAAUAAUACAAGUAUGUUGUUCUGCAGCAGGCAGGAAACUGAAUGUGUGUGUGGACAGAUUGUAUGAGGCAGACUUAUGGUUAUUAUAUGGCAGUUUUCAUAUCAUACCCCAUAUCAACACGAGACCCCCAUAUCAGCCUGAGGGCUAAUGUGGGGGUCGAGGGUUGAUAUGGGGUUUGAUAUGAAAACUGACAUAUAACCAUUUUAUCAUUUUCCAUAACAUAAAAUUGGAAAAUGUAUCUAUUUGCAAGUUAAUGCAAAACAUUUUCACGUUUGGAUGUCAUUAUCACAGGAAAGCUAGCUGAGCAGACGAGCAGAUGACACACUAAGGGACGUAACUCUAAUUUCUUACCGUCUGGGCUGAUAUUGAUCGCCCAUU